CGAAGCAAUAAAAAUGCAACCUUCAGCCUUUUCACCGUUUCUUCUUCUCCUCUUCCCUCUUCCCCUUCUCUACCGUUGUCGUUAGACGUACAACACAGUGAGCGACUUCAGGAGUUUUGCGCUCGCUAAUCUUCAUAAAGCUCCAGUCCCAAGCCCUACGUCCUCCAUUCCCGCGCCCAGAGAAUUGCAUUUUUAGAACUCCGCAUUUCUUGUUCGACGGAAAAAACGACGUCAUCAUGAGUGACAGCAAAAUCAUCGACACUGCGGUGCGAGCCACCAGCAUCGACUAUGGUCGCGAUGGCUAUGGCACCACCGCAAGUGCAGCUUCUGAUUCCCAGUCUCCCAUGAAACAUGGCGAUCCUGAAUUCGUCGAGCCGAGUCCCGAGCGUCCUGGCGACGAAGCGGGCAAAAAGAAAACAUGGCGUGAAAAGCUGGCAUUUUUCAAGACAAGAGACUUUUGGUUCAUAUUGAUCCUUGGUCAGAUACUGGCUAUCUGCAUUACGGGAACAAACACCUUGACCACGCUUUUGGCCAAGGAAGGAACCAGCAUUCCCGCAUUCCAGACCCUCUUCAACUACGUAUUGCUUAAUAUCAUCUACACCGGCUACACCUUGUAUAAGUACGGUUUCAAAAAGUGGUUGAAUCUCAUCAAACGUGACGGAUGGAAGUACAUCAUCUUAUCCUUUUUUGAUGUUGAAGGCAACUAUUUCACCGUCCUCGCGUACCGAUAUACCACGAUUCUGUCGGCUCAGCUCAUCAAUUUCUGGGCCAUUGUCGUCGUCGUCAUCCUUUCAUUCGCCCUUCUCAAGGUUCGCUACCACUGGGCUCAAGUUCUCGGCAUUUUCGUCUGCAUCGGUGGCAUGGGCUUAUUGCUCGCUUCUGAUCACAUCACCGGCUCCAACGGUGGAGAUGUGUCCUCUGGUAACCAACUCAAGGGAGACUUGUUCGCCCUUCUGGGUGCCACUUUCUACGGGUUCGCCAACGUUUACGAGGAAUGGUUUGUGUCUGGUCGACCACUGUACGAAGUCAUUGGCCAGCUCGCCUUCUGGGCCAUGAUCAUCAACGGUGCCCAGGCCGGCAUUUUCGACCGUCAUUCCUUCCACACCGCGACCUGGAACGGCGACGUCGCCGGCUAUCUCGUCGGGUACACGCUCAUCCUCACCAUCUUUUACUCCUUGGUCCCCAUCUUGUACCGUUUCGCCAGUGCCGCCUUCCAGAACAUUUCGCUCUUGACGGGUAAUUUCUGGGGUGUCAUCAUCGGUAUUCAAGUCUUCCAUCUGCACGUACACUGGAUGUACCCCAUCGCCUUCACGCUCAUCAUGGUUGGUCAUUUCGUCUAUUACUUUGGUAAGGGGGUUUUGGGAGAAGCCCAAAAGGCCUGGUUGGGUGAAGACCAAGAACGAGGCAUCGACGGGUUUGGGUCCGCAAAGAGGAAGAUGAGAAAGAUGCAAGAAGAGGGCACAGUGGCUGGGGUCAGAAGGGGUGAUGUCGGCACUGAGAGCAUGGGAGUUGUCUGAGCGACACACAAAACGCAAGACUUGUUACAGAGUUUAAGCCUACGGCUUUCCUACCUAUAACCACGUCCACUCUGGUGGAUGUCACUGGGACGGACUUGAGAGAUUCUGAGACGAUAUACAUGUUUAUAUUUCAUCAUCCAAACACGGAUACAGCUCAAUAGGAAACAGCAUUAAUGAUGAAACAAUCCGUACAGGAGCAAUCGUAUACAAUGCUACUUGUUUGCUCUC